AUGGCCGUGAUGGGUGGGGACCAAAGACAGAGGAUGGAGGCUCCCGCCGAGGACAAGUUCCCGGAGGGGUUGCGCGUGCUUGCCGUGGACGACGACUGCCCCUGCAUUAAGGUACUGAAGGCUGUCCUGUGCCGCUGCAAAUACAAUGCAACGACAGUGAUGGAUGGGAUGACGGCGUUGAAGAUACUCAGAGGAAGGAAGCAGGAGUUCGACCUAUUGAUCAUGGACGUGCGUAUGCCAGGCAUGGACGGCUUCAAGCUCCUCGUGAUGGAUCUGCCGUUCAUCAGUACUAUUCUCACUGCUCAAACCAAAGUCUUAUUUUUCGUUCUUUUUAACACGCAUGAGCUGAGAAUACUUUCACUCCUGAAUUUUGGAGAUCGCAAGGCCAGCAUGUGA